AAGAUUUUCUCUUUCUUGUUGGCUUUUAGCAGUUUGACUACGAUGAACCUAAGUGAAGUUUCCUUUUUCUCCUGCUUGGACGCCACAGAGCUCCAUGAAGCUGUACCUACCCGUCUUCCAGCACACGCGGGAAACUUCCUGUUAGUACCCCAACUUUCUCCUGCCCCCUUCUCUAGCUCCGCUCCUCUGGAACUCCCAAUCGCAAGAGCAUCCGACCCGCGGACACUGCUCCACCGCAUCCGGUGGCCCCGUCCCUUUCUGGUCUCCGUCUUUGUCCCCUCUGUUCUUCACCUCUGCCAACCAAGCCUUCAGUGGGCUGCGUCUUACGUCAACCCGAUCUCCUCUAAUUCUCUCAGAUAUUACAUUUUUCAGUCCCAGAAUUUCCAUUUGCUUCUUCAGCAGCAUCUCUCCGCUGAGCUCUCCCACUUCCUACUGUCACAGCCUCGAGCACACUUACACACGCCUGACGACUACAAGAAGUCACCACCUUGGAGUGAGGGUCACGUUUUCGGCUUCCCUGUUUCUUCUAACAUCACUAAGCUGUACCCUUCACACCGUAAAUGACGUGUUGUAGACACUCUACAUUCUGCUACAUUCCUUUGAAGAGUGCUGCGAUUCUCAUUUUAAACACAUAACUUAGCCGGACUCAAAACCCUCCCUGCAACAGGACCCCGGGGAAACCUGUUCUGUUCUUUCUGCUUUUAUCCGAGCUCAAGCACACAGCACAACAAGCAGUGCCCUCUGGCCCCCACGAUACAGUCGCCCAGCAACCGCAGACGGGCGUGCAUGCCCCACCGGCUGGUCUUGAAGGUGGGGUGCACCGCACUCCUGGGCAGCAGCUCCAGUACCCAGUCCCACUGAGCCAACGGGCAGAGAGAAAGCUGCAUGGAAGAGCUCCUUACAGACGUGGGCUCUGCUGGAGGGGCCACGCUCCAUCAUUCCCAGAGCUGCGCCCGAGGCUGAGAGGUUCCGGGGCUGGUCACAGAGAAUCACGUGUGCAGGAUCCUGCCUAACUUCUGCAAACAGAAGUUUGCACACGCCUGUCUAAAGUGUGAGGCUCCACACGCCAGACGCGAGCAGCAGAAGACAGACUGCCGGGCGUACACCACCGCCUGGGAGCAGCCAACGCCUGCUGUGAGACGGGCCCUGACCCCGUCCCACCAUCCGCUAAGCCACGGCCCACCAGCACCCAGCUCACGGGAGGCCAGGACGGUGUCCCUAGGAGUUCUGGCGCCAGCAAGUGUGAGACACAGCACGGUCUUCCCCAGCAUAGGCAACAGCAUGGAUGGGACUGGAGAAGCUGGCCGUCAAGGGGCCCAGGAAGGAAGCCAUUCCGCUGAAGGGGCCCUAUGGAAACCAGGGUUUCCCGUCCCUCCAGGAGAGGGCUGCCAGCAUGGGCAGCAGCCUGGCACUACCCUGGACGGCUCCCCAUGCCCUCUGGAUGCCCGAGAAUGUGCCGUGGUGGCUGCUGAGCCCAGAAGCAGACUCACCCUGUGGCCCGCUCUCCCGACCAGGACAGGCAGAAGGCGAACAACAAUGGUGGGACCCGGAAGGCUCCCCGUUCACAGGAAAUGCUCAGUGUGUCAGCAUCGUCGGAGGGCCGUGUGAGGUCACGGGCAGCAGCCGCCACACUGGUCACGCGCGGCAGCUCCCAUUCAAUGCCACCAUGUCGUCUUUGAUAAGCUGGUACUUGUGGGGGGAGGGCAGCCAGGGGACCGGGAAAGUGGCCUAUAAAUGUUUAACAAAAGAUCUGAACCGGGAAUGGGAACAUACAUUCUCUCCUUCAAUAGACAAAGCCUUCCACAUCAAGGGAGGUCUGUAUCCGCAGCGAGAGCUCCAUGAUAACGCUGGACUCGUGAGAACCAGCGCUCCGUGGGAAAUGCCCACCAGCCUCGCGUGACCUCUGAUGAACGGACGUCAACGAGCUGUGUGGGGGACCCUGGCGAGGGCCAUGGGCACCCCAGAGACGGCCUGAGGGAGGAAAGGGCGCCUGGCACAGGGAGGAUCUACAACUGGGCAGAGAGGGGGCAGGCACUCCUCCAUCUGCGUGGAAUGUUCUAGAACCCCAGAGCCGUGGGCAGGCAGGGAGUGGGGUGAAGCAACUGGCGUUUCCAGGGGAGGAGGAACAGGCCCCGCGUGUGUGCACACACGCCCCUCCCAGAGGGUCAGGAGCCCGCCGCCGCCCAGGCUGCUCUCAGCGGCGUCCCCAGCACCCAGGCCGUGCUCCCCACAUGUCAUCCUUCAUCACAGCCCUGAAGGGGGUGCUCAGACACCCAGAAGGUGCAGUCCCCAACCUGGGCGGGCCGUGGGGGGGCGCAGGUCCCCGCGGGGUCAGAGACAGAGGGGAAGGGGUCAGCUGGCCCGUGCUCCCUGUGGGUCGAUGGUGAAGUCUCGCCUGAGAGGGUCCCAGCGGCUCCAUCGGCCACGUCGGGACGAGCUAUUCCGGACAGAGUCCCCCAGACUUCCUGGGCGGCACUGAAUUCCGGAGGGUCCUGAGGGCCUUUCUUCUGGUCGAACAAGCACCCCGCAGCCCCUGCGCUGGCCCUGAGGCCAGACUGCUUCCAGGAUUAAGCGUGCACAGCCCCCCAGCCCUGCACUGGGGGCUCCCCGUGCGUCCGUGCUGGGGGUGCCGGUCCUAUCUUAAAGGAGGAGGAGACCCAGCACCCUGGCUGGGUGCACUUGGCGGGUCACUGAGCCUCUGGGAAGCCAGGGGCGCGAACCUGCCGCCGCCCGGGUGCCCAGCAGCUGCAGGCAAAGCACCCCAGGUGCACAGCCUGACCCGCUCCCUCCAGCUGGAGCGCCAGCCGCUCUCGCCCCGGCCGCCGGCACGAGCACCCACCUUGCAGCUCUGAAGUCUGCCGCCCAGAGCAAGCACCUUCACGACGGGCAGGAACUCACAAGGCCAGGCACGAGAUUUCAGAAGCUUCCAGAAGCUUCCUGAAACAUGUAAAACGCAUGGCUUAUCCUACAGAGUUCC